GGCGGCGCCCGGGCGGUAGCAGCAGCCGCGCUGAGGAGGGUGAGACGGCUGCGGUGGCGGCAGCUCGGAAGUCGGGUGGGCCCUAGAGCUUCCCGCCUUCGCAGGCGCUGAGGCUUUUGCCUUUUCUUCGCCUGCCUCUCCCUCACGGCCCUGGGUAGGGCAGGGCAGCGCGCCCCCGGGCAGGGGCGGAGCUGUAGAUAUGGUGUAAGAUAUUUCUUCAAGACUGGACAGCUGAGGACCUGUUAUUUCUGAUUAGCCUUAAGCAGAGUUAUAGCCAUAGAGAAACUUCACGGAGUUCCAUAUUUUGUUUUCUGCUUUACACCUUUCUGGCACCUAAAUUCAUCUUGCAACCAUGUAUGGAAGUGCUCGCUCAGUUGGGAAGGUGGAACCAAGCAACCAGAGCCCUGGGCGUUCACCUAGGCUUCCACGUUCCCCUCGCUUGGGUCAUCGUCGAACGAAUAGUACAGGAGGGAGUUCUGGAAGCAAUGUUGGAGGUGGCAGUGGAAAAACCCUUUCAAUGGAGAAUAUCCAAUCCUUAAAUGCUGCCUAUGCCACAUCUGGCCCUAUGUACUUAAGUGACCAUGAAAAUGUGGGUUCAGAAACACCUAAAAGCACCAUGACACUUGGCCGUUCUGGGGGACGUCUGCCUUAUGGUGUUAGGAUGACUGCUAUGGGCAGUAGCCCCAAUAUAGCUAGCAGUGGGGUUGCUAGUGACACCAUAGCAUUUGGAGAGCAUCACCUCCCUCCUGUGAGUAUGGCAUCCACCGUUCCGCAUUCUCUUCGUCAGGCAAGAGAUAACACAAUCAUGGAUCUGCAGACACAGCUGAAGGAAGUAUUAAGGGAAAAUGAUCUCUUGAGGAAGGAUGUGGAAGUAAAGGAGAGCAAAUUAAGUUCUUCAAUGAAUAGCAUCAAGACCUUCUGGAGCCCAGAGCUGAAGAAAGAACGAGCCCUGAGAAAAGAUGAAGCUUCCAAAAUCACUAUUUGGAAGGAACAGUAUAGAGUUGUGCAGGAGGAAAACCAGCACAUGCAAAUGACAAUCCAGGCUCUCCAGGAUGAAUUGCGGAUCCAGAGGGACCUGAACCAGCUAUUUCAGCAAGAUAGUAGCAGUAGGACUGGUGAACCUUGUGUUGCAGAGCUGACGGAGGAGAACUUUCAGAGGCUACAGGCUGAGCAUGAGCGCCAGGCCAAAGAGCUGUUCCUUCUUCGAAAGACUCUGGAGGAAAUGGAGCUGCGUAUUGAGACUCAGAAGCAAACCCUAAAUGCUCGGGAUGAAUCCAUCAAGAAACUUCUGGAGAUGUUGCAGAGCAAAGGACUUUCUGCUAAGGCUACCGAGGAAGACCAUGAGAGAACAAGACGACUGGCAGAGGCAGAGAUGCACGUCCACCACCUAGAAAGCCUUUUGGAGCAGAAGGAAAAAGAGAACAAUAUGUUGAGAGAGGAGAUGCAUCGGAGAUUUGAGAAUGCUCCUGAUUCUGCCAAAACAAAAGCUCUGCAAACUGUUAUUGAAAUGAAGGAUUCAAAAAUUUCCUCUAUGGAGCGUGGGCUCCGAGACUUGGAAGAGGAAAUUCAGAUGCUGAAAUCAAAUGGGGCUUUGAGUACUGAAGAGCGGGAGGAAGAAAUGAAGCAAAUGGAGGUCUAUCGGAGCCAUUCUAAAUUUAUGAAAAAUAAGGUAGAGCAACUGAAGGAGGAACUAAGUUCGAAAGAGGCUCAAGGGGAGGAGCUGAAAAAGAGAGCGGCUGGUCUUCAGGCUGAGGUCUUUGCCAUUGGCCAGGUGAAGCAGGAGCUGUCCAGAAAGGACACAGAACUACUAGCCCUACAGACAAAGCUAGAAACACUCACGAACCAGUUCUCAGACAGCAAGCAACACAUUGAAGUGCUGAAGGAGUCCUUGACUGCUAAGGAGCAAAGGGCUGCCAUCCUACAGACCGAGGUGGAUGCUCUCCGAUUGCGUUUGGAAGAGAAGGAAACCAUGCUGAAUAAGAAGACAAAACAAAUUCAGGAUAUGGCUGAGGAGAAGGGGACACAGGCUGGAGAGAUACAUGACCUCAAGGACAUGCUGGAUGUGAAGGAGCGCAAGGUUAAUGUUCUUCAGAAGAAGAUUGAAAAUCUUCAAGAGCAACUUAGAGAUAAGGAAAAGCAGAUGAGCAGCUUGAAAGAACGAGUCAAAUCCUUGCAGGCUGACACCACCAACACCGACACUGCCUUGACAACUUUGGAGGAGGCCCUUGCAGAGAAAGAGCGGACAAUUGAACGCUUAAAGGAGCAGCGGGACAGAGAUGAGCGAGAGAAACAAGAGGAAAUUGAUAACUACAAAAGAGAUCUUAAAGACUUGAAAGAAAAAGUCAGCCUAUUGCAAGGCGAUCUCUCAGAGAAAGAGGCUUCACUCUUGGAUCUGAAAGAGCAUGCUUCUUCCCUGGCUUCCUCAGGACUGAAGAAGGACUCACGGCUUAAGACACUAGAAAUUGCUUUGGAGCAGAAGAAGGAGGAGUGUCUGAAAAUGGAAUCACAGUUGAAAAAGGCACAUGAGGCAACAUUGGAAGCCAGAGCCAGUCCAGAGAUGAGUGACCGAAUACAGCAAUUGGAGAGAGAGAUUGCCAGGUACAAAGAUGAAUCUAGCAAGGCCCAGGCAGAAGUUGACCGCCUUUUGGAAAUCUUGAAGGAGGUGGAAAAUGAGAAGAAUGAUAAAGAUAAGAAGAUCGCUGAGUUGGAAAGGCAAGUGAAAGACCAGAAUAAGAAAGUAGCAAAUCUGAAGCACAAAGAACAGGUGGAAAAGAAGAAGAGUGCACAGAUGCUAGAGGAGGCUCGACGAAGGGAGGACAAUCUCACUGACAGCUCCCAACAACUACAGGACAGUCUCCGUAAGAAGGAUGACAGGAUUGAAGAGCUGGAAGAAGCACUAAGAGAAAGUGUACAGAUAACUGCAGAGCGAGAAAUGGUGCUAGCACAAGAGGAAUCAGCCAGGACCAAUGCUGAAAAACAGGUGGAGGAGUUACUGAUGGCUAUGGAGAAAGUAAAGCAGGAACUAGAGUCCAUGAAAGCAAAGCUGUCCUCUACUCAACAGUCUCUAGCAGAAAAGGAAACUCAUUUGACCAAUCUUCGGGCAGAGAGAAGGAAACACUUAGAGGAAGUUCUGGAGAUGAAGCAAGAAGCUCUUCUGGCUGCCAUUAGUGAAAAAGAUGCCAAUAUAGCUCUUUUGGAGCUUUCAUCCUCUAAGAAAAAGACCCAAGAGGAGGUGGCUGCUCUGAAGCGGGAGAAGGAUCGCCUGGUACAGCAGCUCAAGCAGCAGACACAAAAUCGAAUGAAGCUAAUGGCUGAUAACUAUGAGGAUGACCACUUCAAAUCCUCCCAUUCCAAUCAAACCAAUCAUAAACCCUCCCCAGACCAGAUCAUCCAGCCCCUCUUAGAACUUGACCAAAAUAGAAGCAAAUUAAAGUUGUAUAUUGGACACCUGACAGCCCUCUGCCAUGACCGAGACCCCCUGAUCCUUCGUGGACUCACUCCACCAGCUUCCUAUAACUUGGACGAUGACCAGGCAGCUUGGGAGAAUGAGCUGCAGAAGAUGACCCAGGAAGAGCUUCAGAAUGAGUUAGAAAAAGGUGAACGGGACAAUGCAGAACUGCAGGAGUUUGCCAAUGCCAUUCUCCAGCAGAUAGCAGAUCAUUGCCCUGACAUCCUGGAGCAAGUGGUCAACGCAUUAGAAGAGUCAUCCUGACCCUGCUUCAUGGGGACUGGCCAGCCCAGCAGCCCGAUGGAGUGAACCCAGGAGCCAAGAAAGGAGAACUACAAGGAACAGGCACCCAGAAACUUCUUGACACCAAACAAACACUACAAACUCUAUCCUGUCUUGGUUAGUCCUUCAAGUGUGAUUCCAGCGCCGUUUCUAUGUCUGUCAUCUUACUCUGCCUUUCUACUUUGGAUGUUGUCUCUAUACUAAUUUUCUUGGUGUCCAGGUAAGUGGCUGAGUCUCCAUGAAGAACUGCCAUCCAGUCAUCAAUAGUGGAGAACUGUGGAAGCUGGUGGCUCUGCCAUUACAGAGGGACAUGUAAUAGAGAGCCCUCUUACCUCUGUACUUGACAUGAGAACUAAAUCUGGAAUCUACUUGGAGUUCAACAUGUUGAGAGAAUGCUUCCCCCUGGACCAGAGAGCUAACUGUUCUAAUAUCACAACAGGUGCUUUCUCCUAAAAGGGUAAAAAAAAAAAUCUCAAAAAGAGAGGAUUAGAAUAAAAGAGAGGGGAAAAGAGAGAACUGACACUUCUUUUUACUGUUUCUUUUGUUUACUUUUCAUGUAUAAUGUUUUACGCAGAGGAGCUACAAGCAGGCCUCAUGAUGGCUUAGUGAACACUAAUACCCCAGGUUUCAAGUCUUCACCCAGCCCUCUCUGUCACACUUGUCCUUGCUCUUCUCCUCAACCAGUGAACAAGAGGGUGGUGUGAACAGUUCUCCCCUCGUCCGUCUUGUUUAAGGCCUUUGACCCGAUUAUACUUGGUUUGUCAGAUCAUAUGUCUCUAAUUGAAAGAGAAGAGGGUUUGAGCUGAGGCACUGUCAUCACCACCUGCGGCUCUGCCUCUGUAGAAGAUGACCGACUGUUCCUUGGGGUCAGGCUGCUUCCUCCCAAACAUCUCCCUGAUCAGCAUUCUAGGCCCCUGAGCCCCAAAAGAAUGCUUCUGCCUUCCCGCCAUGCAUGCUCCAAGCUCUUGCAGCCCAGUGGUCACUGAAGUUCAUGACCCACCUUUCCACCCUUUUAGCUUCACUCUUGAUUGGCACUCCCAGAACCAUGGGCCUCGUGCAUUGCCUGGAACCUCCUUCUGGCCCAAAUGAAUGUUUCUCAUCCCACAGACAUUCCUUUCUCCCUUCUUUGAUUCAAAGAAUAUAUGAAAUGCCUACUGCAUGCAAGUCACUGUUAGGCACCCAUCUUUGAAAGAAGUAUCUUUUCAGUGAGAGAGAGGUGUAAAGGAUUCUAUGAGACAUACCUGGUUGAGUCAUAGCAGUAAAAGGCAUACCUUUCCCCUCUCCCAUCCUAAUAGGAGGUAUCUUUUCUAGAAAAAUCUUUCACAACUCAGCAUUUCUCAUUAUAAUGGAAUUGAUGGGUUUUGGGGGCAGAGGGCUGAGUCACUUACUUGCCUGCAGGACUCCAUUUGGUGAUUCAGGAUUUUUGUUUGUUGUUAUUACCCUGAAAGAGUGUUCUGUUCAGAAGGCUACGAUAGCGGAUAGUGUUUUCUUAACACAUCUUUGUGCACAUCGUGGAACUUGGCCAGCUCCAUGUUGCAUAUCAGAAAAUUGACCGCGAAGUUGCAGAUCCAGUUGGAAGUAUUGGCAUUUUGAAGGACAUUUUUCCCAAGCAUAGACAAUGGCAAUCAUAAAUAGUCAGGCACCAAGAACUAGACCACUUAACCCAAAUCUAGCCCUGUGACCACCUGUACGGCCAGACACCCACCAGACACUCACAUCUUCUGAUAAAAGUUGCUGGGCUAAAUGUUUUUGUCUUGCGUUUUUUCCUUUCCCCUUCCCUAGUUACUCACCCAAAGAAUCUGAUGCUGCCUGUAAAGUCAUCACAGCCAUCAGUUCAGUAUCUUCCCACUAGCAGCCCUUGACUGUCCCAUUAACUUAUAUGGUCAAAUCUGCAGCUGCCCUGAUUCCCCGCUGUAAAACAAUCUCUCCCUGUGAGAAGCUGUAGAGUGUUCUUUAUCAAAGGGUUAAAUGGACUCUGCUCAUAAACUUCUUACUGAGAUGCUUCCAGGCUGGCCAGAGCGAGGGUGCAAGAGUUAGAUAGUAAGUGCCAUAGUUGUUUGUGGUCAGUUACCUCAAUUCCAUUUAUUUAUUGCACUGCCCAUAAAUCAUGUAGAAAGCCCCCAGUAUUUUAGGGCUAGAAUAUUAGAAUCUCACUUUAUGUAUCAUAAUGCAAAGACCAGAGGUAUGAUAACAUCCUUCCCAGGACUACAGCAGAACAGAGAAAUCAAGGAGAAGAGGCCAGGCCCAAAGAGGUGGCCUGGCUUGGUACUGGCUGGCUGCUCUCUAGCUGGUCUGGCAAGGGAAGGCAUCAAGCAGGUCUCCCUGGAUCCCGCUUAUUCUACCUUUACCAUCAAAUACAGUACCUACCACUCUUGCCCACUUGGUACAUGACUCUCACUGCACCUCCUUCCUUCCCCUUCUCAUUUCAACCCUUCCUGUUGCUUCCUCCAAAACCUUAUGGAAGUCCUCUGGACAAGUAAGUGCUUCUGAGAAGAAAAAUUUCUGGGGUAGACAUCAUUUGUCUAGUCUCCAUGAACCGUAGCAGGGAAUAUCCUUGAUUCUUCUUGGGUGGUCAUCCUGGCAUCUCACGUGGUUCUGGGGACUGUUUGGUCAUAGAUGAAAGUAGUCUCUGGCUAAAGUUUAACAGUGAACGUGACCUGUCUUUAUAUUAUAGGGGCAAAGUUAAUACAGUUUCUAGCAUUUAGAGUAUCUUACUGAGUUUAGACCAUUGAGCCAACAUACUAAAUGCACAAUUCCCAUCACACAAAGACUUGUCAUCCCAUGACCCUCUUCUGGUCUUCAUGAUUUCACAAGGUCCCUCAACUGCUACCGAAGGUCGGUAGCCUUGAAAACGCACUGCAGGUUGCCUGUAAUGUUCACCAAACUCAUCCGUUCCACUGGCAAAUCUAGUUGCCCCUCAGCACCUAAAGAUCUGUACCCCAAAUCAAGGUCAUCUUAAAGGGGACAAGAAGAAGAAGAGUGGGUAGAAUCCAACCUGGGGCUCAUGACUAAAGAAAUACAAUGUGACUUUCUCAUCUUUUCAUAUACCUCUGUCCCAGGUACUCAUUGAGUUCUUAAUGAAGUAUCUGAAUUGAGAUUUGCAAGGACUUGGAUACCAUUUGAAAUGGAAACAAUUUUUAAUUGGUCUUUAACAUAUUAAGAAAUAUGAAUGGGAUUCCCCAAAUCUAUCUCAGCUCUAACCUUUGACCUUGUACCUCACAAUCUAAAGAAGAUCUAAGUGCUUCUCUCUCUUCCUUACACUUGAGCUUUAGAAGUACUAGUAAAGCAGACUGCACCCAAGACCACCUUCAGUGUCAGUAGUGGCGAUGUGACUUGGCACUUCUUGUCAACAAAAGUCUGUCUGGUUUUCAGUGAGGAGCUCGUUGGCUCAUCCAUUCCUCAGAGUGAGAGAAGAGGAAGAGGAAGUCAUCACAAAGUUUUAGUCAACUGCUGAACUAAUCCCUCCCCUGUGGAUGGUCAGGAUUGGCAUUUGGAUUUGCUGCUAGAGAGUUCUGCUGAUCCCAGAACCAUCCUGCCCUCCUGUUUGACUCCGUUACUUAAGCAUGGACCCACUGGCUACCCUUGGGGUGUUGGAGGAAAGACCAAAUUGAGAAAUAUGUUGCCACGUGAAUUGUGACCCUCACAUGGCACCUCCAAAGUCACAGUGGGCCCUGUGUCAGCAAUAUCAGUAACUUUCAUGUCUCCCUCCCCAUCCUCAUCUCCCGACCUACAGGAGUUCAGAACUAUGGAAAAGGCGAUGAGAAGAGAGAAGAGAGGCAGUGCAGCACGCUGCCCUUUGCAAAGCCUGCAAGGCCAACCCAUCCAUCACUGCCAGUCCCCGGGCUUCUCAGGACAGUGACUUGAACCAUUCAAAGAAAUAUUUGAAAAAGAAUCUGGAGUUUCCCCCAUGUGAACUAAGGGAAUAUUUGGGGAAGAAAAAAAUAUAUAUUACAAGGAAAUCCUUCUGAACAAAAUGGCUUCUUUACUUAUUCUUUUUAAGAAAAACUGUUUCCAAACUUUUUAGUGUCCAAGCUGUAACCAAGUGUCUGCUGAUUUUUCCCCAAUGUAUUUGGCGAGUGCUGUGACCCUGCUGUAGGUAUUUCUCCCCCUGACUCUUUUGGGGGAGAGGUGGUUUUAGGAUUGAUUUGGGAGGAGCGGAUUUUUGUCCCCUCCCACCUCCUCUCGUUUCUCUGCUUGUCGAUAUUGUCUGUGUGGUUCAGAGAAUUGGGGCAGUUACAUUUUGUCCAUUGUUGAGAUUAUUAAGAUAUUGAAAAGUAGUUGUAGAACUGAAAAAUUAAAGAGCUGUAUUUAAAGAAAAUGCAAACCAAUAUCAUGUUAAUAAAGGAAUUCAAGCUAUAAGGCAGCCGAACUCCCCCUCCUCCUAAGUUGGCUUAGGUGGCAGCUGGGCUGGCUGCUUGGGCAACACAAUGACCACACUCCAGGUAGGUGACUGCCUGGGUGAAGGAAGCAACUGCUGAGUAAAAGGAACAGGAACCUGGGGCUCAGAGAGUCCCCGUUGUGCCAGAGUUUUUCCUAUACAUCCUCAGGACCUCUGGGUAGAGAUUUCACACUUUGUGACUGCAUAACCACCCUCACGCCCACGUUGGUCCCAGCUCAGUGUGCCUAAUACUGUGUGGUAACCUGGGCUUGACUCUCAAGCCCCACACCUGGCAGCAGCCCUGUACAGGCCACAGAACCUCUUUCCUGCCCACUUGGUGCUACAUCAUCCAGGGACCCAUCCAGUGUGGGCCAAGCACGGGCUACCUGGAGCCUGCAAUCCAGGCGAAUGAAUUGUACUCAGAUCUCAGUUCUUUCUGGCUUCAGUCCCUAGAUUCUUUCCCUUUAAAGCUUUUUAGACCCCAGAUCCGGGCCCAGGCGGUCUCUCUUGGCCCCAGAGAUACCGUGGUCAGGAAAGGAAGUGAACUCUACUAAAGCCAGAGAAUCCACCCCUGGGCCAGAGCAAGCCCUCUGAGCCCAGCCCCUCUUUCCACACCACACCAGUAUUGCAUCCAUCCUCUAAUGCAGCUAGACCCACCUGAGGGCAACACACCACCCAUUCUGGCCUGGUCUGGCCUGCUUCCCCCGUGCAGGACUAGCCAGGAACCUGCCAAGCACACCAGGAGACUUGGGGUCUCUCUGGGGUUCACUCCCCUCUGCUUCCAAAGAGAAGUGCUGCACUUUAGUGAGGAGCUGAGGAGCACUGGGUACUGACUCCUUGUAGCUUGAGUUCCUUUUGGUGACAAUAGCAACCGCAAUGGUGGUGUCUGUGAUGCAAAUGCACCCGCUGCCUUCAACUGUGUGUGUAUGUGUGUGUGUGUGUGUGUGUGUGAUGGCCAGAGUUGUGUUACUGACAGGAUAAUGACAUUACAAAGAAAUUGUGUUAUAGUCAACUUUGCCUUGAUAAUUAUUGUAAACACUUUGUUCAUUUUUUUCUUUUUUAUUCACAAACUAAACCCAUCAGGAAAUUAUAAAGUUAUUUAAAAAU